AUGUCUUAUCAGAAGCCUGAGAAGGAUUUCGGCGAGGCCCCCAAGGUCCACAAGAUCCGCAUCACCCUGACCUCCCGCAAGGUUCAGGCCCUCGAGAAGGUCUGCCAGGAGCUCAUUGAGCGCGCCAAGAACAAGGACCUCCGCGCCAAGGGCCCCGUCCGCCUGCCCACCAAGAUUCUCAAGAUCACGACCCGCAAGACGCCCUGCGGUGAGGGUUCCAAGACUUGGGACUCGUACGAGAUGCGCAUUCACAAGCGCCUGAUCGACCUGACUGCUCCGACUGAGAUUGUCAAGCAGAUCAUCAUCAACAUCGAGGCUGGUGUCGAGGUUGAGGUUACGAUUGCUGCUUGA